UGUGUUUCCUUUGCUCCUCCAUUUUUCAUUCUCUCUUUUUGUCCUUUCAUCACUCACUAACAAAAAUCACUCUAAUUCCUAAAAACCCAUUUUCGUUUUUUUGUUUCUUGUUUUCUCUUCAUAUUAUAAAACUCCCCUUCUCCCCAUUUAAUCCUUCCAUUUCCCUCUUUUCUUCUUCCUCCAUUUCUCUCCUCAACUUAUCCCCUCAUUCUUCUUUUGUUUCUUGUUGAAACAAACAAGUUUUUGUUUGGAUAUGAGUGCUUGUUGGUGGGUCUCAAUCUAAAUCAUCUUAUUUUUGACUUUACUGAAUCUGGAUUCAUUCUUUGGUUUUUUGUUUUUUAAAAUCCAAUGGCUAAAACAGAGUUGGGUUCUGUUCUUAAUCGCAUUUGCUGUAGUAAUCACUGGUCCUAUGGUGUUUUUUGGAGCUUUGAUCGAAGAAACUCCAUGUUGUUGACUUUGGAAGAUAUUUGGUAUGAAGAACAAGUGGUGCUGGUGGCUGCAAAUAUGCUUCAACAAGUUCACAUGCUUGGUGAAGGAGUCAUUGGCACAGCAGCUUUCACUGGAAAUCACCGGUGGAUUUUUUCAGAUGCUUCCAAUGGAGAAUGGAAUUCCUCUAUGUUUCAGGAUAAUUUGGAGUUACAACAACAAUUUUCCUAUGGGGUAAAGACUGUUGCAGUAAUUCCCGUUCAUCCGCAUGGAGUGAUACAGCUUGGCUCUACACAUAAGAUCUGGGAAAGUCUGGAGAUUUUGGCAGAUGCAAAGAGGUCAUUGUGUCAAGUGAUAAAUGGUGGUGGACUUGCACUAGAGAAAACUACUUGCAUGGCUUCGAGCACCAAUAUUGCUCGCUAUAAUGAUCUAUUCACGUCCAUCGUCUUGCCUGCAAAUUCUGAUGAUUGGAGUCUCAGUGCAAUGCAUAAUAACAUCCACACAGACUUCACAAGAAAUUCUUAUGCUUCAUUUGAUAAACAACCAGCCUUUGAUACUUCUUCCUACUUCAGUAAAAGUAGUUGUGAGAAUUCGGUGUUAACUUCAUCCGAGCUAUUGCCAGCAUCCGACAUUAGAGAACAAGAUGCUCAAUAUCCAAGUUAUUCAGACGCCAAUGUGCUUGACUUCUGUAGAAACACAAUGGAAUUUGGAAACGGCAGCUCGACAUUUGCAUCAGUCUCAAGUGGAACAGGUUCUCUCCAUAUGGAUUAUGUUCAUCAGUCGGCUCAACUAUUUCCCAUGAAUGAAGGUGAACUUACGGAAAGCAUAACUAGCCUACCUGACUUCUGCAACAAGCAUCUUUCUGAGGAUUUUACGAUGGAUCUCCCGGAUAUCUCAUUCGUUGAUGAUCUAUUUCAAUGGUUUGAUUCUUCACCAGAGAAUGGAACAAAUGGAGCAACGACAACAUUGAGCCAUAACCUUCUACAUGUCACAGGAAUGUCAACAUCGUCAUCUAAUCUGGUUGAAGUUAAUAAGUUUGUAGAUGAUUCGAGCAAAGCUUCUGUUGUUUCCGCUCAAAGUUUAAUAACUAGUACAUCAAAAUCCAGCGAGCAAGAUAACACAAUCAUAAUGCAGAACGCAAAAGAUAGACUGUUUGAUAGUUUGGGGUUAGGCACAGGAUGUUCAGUGGGCAAAACUUGGGAUAACAUGAUAACAGAUACUCAUGGCAGUUACUCGGGUGGGUGCAACAGUAUGUCUACGUGCACAUCGAAGUUAGCCACGGGCUCAACUGAUCAUCCUCGCAAGAGAUUGUUUUGGGAAUUGGGAAUUGAAGAGCUUUUGGAUGGUCUAAGCAACACUAGCUCUGCAACCAAAUCAAGUGUUGAGAAUCAUCACUCAAUUGGCUCAAGAAGGUCAAAGAUGGAAAGACUGUCUCUCGACAGUAAUCCGAUCCAAUUACUCGACCCUUGCACCAGCAUGAAUCUGACACAACCUUCAUGCAUGGUUGGUCGUUUCCCAUGUAAGAAAGAAGCUGUACCAAAGUCACAGGUAAGUUCAUGGAUUGAUGAUAGCUAUAGCACCAAUAUUGGAGGCUCCAUUUUAGAACUAUCUCACAAGAGUGAGGAGCCUGCUAAGAUUUGUAAGAAGAGGGUGAAACCUGGAGAGAGUAACCGUCCAAGACCGAAGGAUCGACAACAGAUCCAAGAUCGUAUCAAAGAGUUGAGAGAAAUUAUCCCUAGUGGUGCAAAGUGUAGCAUUGAUUCGUUGUUGGAUCGGACUAUCAAAUACAUGCUUUUCUUGCAAAGUGUUACAAAGUACGCGGACAAGCUUAAAGAAACUAACAAACCAAAGUUAAUUGACCAACGAGACGGAGUGGCUGUAAAUGACAAAUGUAUGACGGAGAGAGGCAGUGGUGGAGUUACUUGGGCGUUUAAAGUGGGAGCAACACCAACGGUUUGUCCAGUUAUAGUUGAAGACCUUAGUUCCCCUGGUCAAAUGCUUGUUGAGAUGCUAUGUGAGGAAAGAGGCUUCUUUCUCGAGAUAGCUGAUAUGAUUCGUAGCUACGGAUUGACAAUUUUGAAAGGCGUGAUGGAAAUUCGCGAAGACAAGAUAUGGGGGCAAUUCGUCGUAGAGGUGAAAGUAAAUGCUAACCAAAGCAUUACAAGGAUAAAUGUGUUUUUGUCCCUCAUGGAGCUUCUACAACAAGCAAACAUUGGUGGAACUGAAGCAGUAGCUAAUUAGUAUAGUGAUAGAAACAGAUCGAAAAGAGAAAACAAAAAAGAAAAGCUUCUCGAAUCGAGGAGGAAUUCGAUCUAACAAUAUUGUUUAAGAUAAAUAUUUGAGUUGUUAGUGGCAUGGUAUAGUAGAAAGUGAAUGUGCAUAGAUGAAGAGUAGGCAGCAUUUUCAAAGGUCAAAAUUGAUCUUUUUGGUUCUAAUAAUUAUUCAAGUAGAGUUAGGAUGGGGAAUGAGCAAUUAGAGUUUUUAAGUAUGUUCUUAUGUAUAGAAAAGGGAACAUGCACUAUUUCCAUUGUAUUAAGAUUUGGUGAGCCUUAUUUUUGGCUUUAUAGUUUUCUUUUGUCAA